UGCGUCGCCCCGGCCACGAAGUUUGAUCGCGGGGGAGGUUUGGGGCCGACCUCGGGUCAGGCUGGAGGGGAGAUGACGACACUGACACGCCGAGCACGGCGCGCUGAGGCGGGAGGAAACUCACACAAGAAGCCUGAUGGUGAGGAGGAUGGAGCUGCAGACAGAGACCUGAACGAGGAGGAUCCUGAUGAUUCCAAAGAUAUCCGCCUCACACUCAUGGAGGAGGUGCUGCUUCUGGGGCUGAAGGACAAGGAGGGGUACACCUCCUUCUGGAAUGACUGCAUCUCCUCAGGCCUGCGGGGUGGCAUCCUCAUCGAGCUGGCUCUGCGUGGCCGGAUCCACCUGGAGCCACUCUCCCUCAGGAGGAAGAGGCUGCUGGAGAGGAAGGUGCUCUUGAAGUCAGAUGCCCCCACGGGUGAUGUCCUGCUGGAUGAGACCCUGCGACACAUCAAGGCCACGGAGCCUGCAGAGACAGUGCAGACCUGGAUAGAGCUGCUCACUGGGGAGACCUGGAACCCCUUCAAGCUGCAGUACCAGCUGCGGAACGUGCGAGAGCGCCUGGCCAAGGCGCUGGUGGAGAAGGGAAUCCUCACCACGGAGAAGCAGAACUUCCUCCUCUUCGACAUGACCACGCACCCCGUCAGCAACGCCUCCGAGAAGCAGCGCCUGGUGAAGAAGCUGCAGGAGAGCCUCCUGGAGCGCUGGGUGAACGACCCCCAGCGCAUGGAGCGCAGGACUCUGGCUCUCCUGGUGCUGGCCCACUCCUCAGACGUGCUGGAGAACGUUUUCACCAGCCUGGCGGAUGACAAAUACGAUCUGGCGAUGAACAGGACCAAGGACCUCCUCGAUAUGGACCCUGAGGUGGAAGCUUCCAAAGCCAAGGGUGCAGAGAUGAUCUGGGCUGUCCUGGCAGCUUUCAAUAAGUCCUAAGAAGCCUCCAAUCCAGGGUUGGGGGAAGCUUUGCCUCAGCGUGAGGCCUGGGGAUAUUUGGGCAUGGAGCUCCUGUGGCAGUGAGCAGGCUUAGCUGGGGGGGACUGGGGAGUUCUGCUCUCCCCCCCCUAGCAAGGCAGGUCACUCCUUCCUCCCAAGGCCAGUGCCUCUGGGGAGAGGUGGUGGUGGUUCUUUACUCCCCUUCCAGUACUUCUUGCCUGUGGGCUUCAUUCUGAGGCCAGCACAGAGCUGGAAGAUGGCAGAGCCCAGCCCAGCCUGGGCUAAACCACAGCAGAAAAGGGGCUGUGGAGCAGCCUCCACUCCCACUGCACUCCCAGCUCGUUUGGCUGCCUCUGUGGUCCCCUCUUCCAUGCACAGGUCUUGCCUUGGACCUACCUGGGUGGGAAGACCUCCUCUAUGACACCCUCUUAGAGCAGGCUAGGGGCAGAGAAGGAGGCAGGAGGCUGGUUUGGGGGUGCCUGGCAGCUGGGACCACUCCAUGGGGCAGCCCAGAGCCCUCAGCACUAUUG